UGCUCCUUCCACUACCGCUCCUACAGUAAAUAUUUGUGUUUGCUCAACCGGCUGUAAUGGUGGACGACUGAGGCAGAGAAACGGAAUACAACUAGAGGGAAGAAAGAGGAAAAACGGUCGAAAGUCUGUUUUAGAGCCAGUCGCCGCCAGCAGGACACGGGCUUCGUCGAAAAUGGAUGAACUCAAACAUCAAGUCAUGAUUAACCAGUUCGUCCUGACGGCGGGUUGUGCGGCAGACCAAGCGAAGCAGCUUUUGCAAGCGGCACAUUGGCAGUUCGAGACUGCCCUCAGUGCCUUUUUUCAAGAAACAAAUAUUCCGUACGGCCAUCAUCAUCAAAUGAUGUGCACCCCAGCCAACACACCAGCGACACCCCCCAACUUCCCGGACGCGUUGACCAUGUUCUCCAGACUGAAGGCGUCCGAGAGCUUCAACAGUGGCAGCGGCGCCAGUUCCAUGGCCGCCUCCAUGGCCACCUCACCCCCCCAGGUCAGCGGCUGGGGGUUCUCACCAAACGUUCCUAAUGUGCCGCAACCUCCACAUGGACUCUGGACUCAGGGGCAGCCCCCCACGCAGCCCUGCCCCUCCUGGCCCACGGGCGUGAACCCCCAUGCAGGUGCUGAGCAGAAGGCUAGUGUCGUGAUGGAGGCUGAGAGAUGAAGGGCAGCAUGGGACUGAAAAGCCCCUGUUUCCACCCCAGGGAGGGAGGGAAACGGGAGGAUAAAUGCGGGGAGGGCGGAAGAUGAUAAUGGGUAGAAAUGGGUUUUGGUCUUUUUCCCAAAAUACGGAUGGAUAUGGAAAUAGACGAAAGCUACGCAAAGAAACCAAGAAAAACUCAAUGUGGACAAUUUAAGAAGAGGAGAAAACCAAUGCAAAUGUCAAUACAAAAAUAGAAGAAGAAAAAAGAUGCACACACACAUAGUAAUAAGAGAGCAACUGAAAUCUUUGUUAGUUUUUCCUAAGUAAAUGUAUAGAAAAGAAAAAUAUUCUUGAACUAAAAAAAAAAAAAAGUUUUUAUUUAAUUCUUUUUUUCUUCUUUUUUUUUUUAAUUGUCACGCCCAAGGAUUGAAUGUGAUGUUCAAGGACAUUCAAGGCAGCAAACUUAAUUUUUCUUUUUUUUUCUUUCAGCCAGUGUUUUUAUUGCCACUGGUGUUCUGUGUUUCUGCAACUGUCUGCGCUGCAUGAGGAGAGAGGAACUUUGCAGUCUUUGAGACAGAUUUAAAAAUCAACACGCACUUGUGUGUGAGUGUGUACGCAUGUGAGCGGUUGGUCAGUGUGUAAUCAAAAAUGUAUACAGACACAUAAA